AGAUGAGACGGUGUGACGAACCUGUUCUCCAGCUGCUCGGAGUUUCUUUAAAAUCUUUUUGUGCUUUGUUCGUCGGUGAUGUUUAAAAUCCGUCCUUUUAUUUUGUCGGUCUGUGACGUUCGCGCGUGUUUUAUAGCGGCUAACAGUCGCAACGUUUGUGAAGAUGACGGCUGUUAGCUUGCUAACGCUGCGUUAGUAGCCGUUAGUAACGGUUCGGAAAUGACCGUUAAUCGGUGAAAGAUGAUGGAGUGCCAGCAGGGGGCGGAACAUGGAAGCACAACAAAGGUGGAGCAAAGAGCCGCUGGAUAAAGUCAAGAAUGACGGUAACAGUAUCGACUCGGUUCAGAAAUAAACCUCCUCCUCCUUAAAUAAACUCAUGAAACGCGGAUAAAAGCAGCCGGUCGACAUGAAACGGUGACAGACCUCGGAACUGCUUAGGUCCGCCCCCAAGCUGUCUUAUCAGAACUCUUCGCAGCCUUUUGCAGACCCACGUCACUCGUCAGUCCCAAUGUGCCGGUUCCUGUCCUGAUCUGAUGAUGAACAGGAGCGAGCGGCCCAGUGCGCGACCCCCGCCAGUGGCCCUCACCCCCCAGCUGCCCCCCAGGGCCCACCACCGGCCCCUCUGCGCGUCUGUGUCCUCCGACAGCAGCGGGCGCUUCAGAGCUCUGGAGACGCAGGAAUGGAAGGACAACCUGAAAGCUCAGAUGGAGCAGGCUCACAGUGCAGGAGCUGCCAGUAGCACCGGCUCUCUGGAGCGGGCAUCCCUGUUCUGUGCGUCACCGUCCUCUGCUGUCUUCAGCUCUGGACUGUCCAGCCCGGUGGAAAUCCUCAACAAGACCAAAUCCUCCAGCCGCUUCUCUCUCUUCUCGCCACCCUGGAACAGCAGCUCUGAGUCCGACUCCAACCCUCCAUCUCGCUCAGAAUCCAAGAAGCUGCGGAACUACAGCAGGAGAGCCGCCACGGGGCCCGCCGGGAUGGGGACCCGGGUCUCCGAUACUCCAGAACCCAAGCCCAGCGGACCAGAACACUUCCAGUACUCAGAACCCGUCAUCUCAAAGGUGACCGACUACAUCUACGUUGGUAAUCUGAAUGCGGCAUACAACGGCCGCACCCUGUGCCGCAACAAUAUAGAUAGCAUCAUCGACAUGAGCAGUGUGCCGGGCGAACUGGGUCCCAGCCUGAGCCUCAUACCGUGUACCUGCUCUCGUGGCACCCGCCACAGCUGGUCUCGCCUCAAGGUGGAUAUCGGUGAUGUGCCGGAUGCGUUGGGAGGUGGCCCAUCUCUGAAACACCGCUGUUUCGAAGACAUCAAUGAGUGCAUCAACGCCUCCACAGAGAAGAGGAAACGUGUCUUGGUCCACUGUCGAGACGGGUUCUCCCUGGCGCCGACGUGCAUCAUCCAGUACUUGAUGGUGAAGCAGAACAUGAGGCUGAUCGCCGCCUACGAGCUGCUGAGGGCCAAGUACCCAGUGAACAUCAGGGAGUGCCACCAAAAUGUGCUGGUCAGCCUGGAGAGGGCGCUGCGUCCCGGCGUCUAUGUCGACCCCGAGUGCUUCAAACAAGCCAUCUCUCGCAAGGUGGCAUGGACUUGACCAUGUUUCCUAGCAUCCUCAGCUGCUAUUUAAAGUUCUCUCCACAGCACUGGAUAUUUUCCUGUAGACGACCAACGGCAGCUGUGCCUUUUCCCCGGAGACGGUCAAACUGGAUGUGAACUUUCCCACAAGGUUCAGAGAUUCAUUAAGUUAUAAAACUGACGUAUUUCUUCCGAAGCUGCCGGACACACCAGGGUUAUCAGUGUAAAGUGGGAGGGACUGGAAGCUCAGCACCAUGUGGGGCUGUCGUGCAGGGGACGCUGUGGUGCUAAUUGUAAAUCUUAGACCAGAAGCGCCGGCUGCCUACGGCCAGGCUCAGUCGAUCCGCUCACAGGAAAUUACAGUGAAUGCAGAUAUCUACUUCUUCUUCCGGGUCGUUUCACACUCGUGUUUCUGGUGAUUAUGGGACAUUAUUGAAAACAGUCAGAAGGCGUGCGGGUUGGUCUGGUAUGGAGAUAUUUUUGGUGAGUGGGGAGGACUACGUUCCCAUUAGGCAGCGUGGCCCCCGGUUCUCUUCUGGUUGUGUUAGACUUGUAAGGUUAGAGGUGUGGGUGGGGCUCGUGCAUGUGGAAAAGCAGAAAACACGAGUGGUCUUUGGUCUUCCAGUUCUCUGUAUCAGAUGGACGGCGCCCCCACCAGGACCACGGUUUUAGUUGCUGCUCCCUGAGCACAAACCACAUUUUCAUAUGGACAUUUGCACUCAUACAUUAAUUUUACCAUAAUUUUACCAUUAUGGGUGUGGCAGUGUCAUGGAACAGAGAAACCCACACCGGGACCAGAUAAGUGAGGUUCCCUCGAUACAACAUUUAGUUUAUUGUGGACAAACACCAAACAAACUGAGCCGGUUCUCAGGGAGCAAAACCAAGUCCUGCUGUUAUACAGCUACAUGAAAGUGUUCCUUUGUCAGGUCAUGAAGUUUACGCUGGCAGGACAGCGGGUGGAUGGAGGACCGUCCCCUGUUCUGUAGGAUAUUUGUUGGAGUCUUUAAUCAUCAGUCGAUCAUCAAAACGAGCCCUUGGGAGAUUUUGUGGGUCAGUUUCAGAUGUCAGAUUUUUUAUCAGCAGUUGUUGCAAUUCUACGAUGGUGUCCUUGACUACUUAGUGAGAGCAAAAGCUAAUAGGCUCCAAAUUCACUGUUGUGAUUGAAGGAUAUUUUGGGUGGGGGAACUAGCAGUGACCCCGCCUUCCCCAUCAUUCCUGCCCUGUGUGGCUGUGCUUCACUGGCACAGUGGCCAUAUAAGUACUCAACGUAAUCACAUCCAACACCGCUUGUGCAAGGGAGUGGGGUGAUUGAUCAAGGGCCCCGCCUGCAGUGUGGCGACAACAUGGCAUUGAUGCACCUCCUCAUAUUUGUUCACUUUAUCACACAUCUUGUGUACACAUAGAUGUAUAGCAAACACACACACUCGGGUAACUACUUUUACUUUUUAACUCAUGUAAAGUCCUGCACAUAGCAACAUAGCCACCGCUGCAUGUUUCACCACCAUUUCUUUCAUGAAUGUUUUAUGCAGUUGUUAUUGUUAUUAAUUAUUUACUGUUGUUUUAUGCCCAAUUAAAAUGGGAGGAAAACCAAAAGUUGCAACAGUCUUUUGCAAUAGAAAAAUUGUCCAUAUACUUAAUGUACUGGAGCUCUUGGCAAAAAAGUUGUUGUCCCUGCAUUAAUGGCAAAUGUCCACCAGGUGGAGAUAUUGCUCCAUUUCAAGAACCUUGAAACACAGACCUUGGUUUGAAUCCCGUUCAUGCAUCUGCAUUGUCUCAGUCCACCCAGGUUUGAAUGGUUCUCUGUGUCGCCGACUGAACGGUUUCCCAACAGGCUGGGAGAAAUAUCUCGUUGUCCAUCUCUGAAGUAGCAGCCGGUCUGCUCUGUGUCAGCCUGAUCCUGUCAGGUGCCAAAACUUGUGCCAAAUACUAAUGCAGAUCUGGCUCUGUCCACUGUGGCGACCCUGAACAAAAAAAUGGGAGCAGCCGAAUGAACAACAACAGCUCUGAAAUAUAGGGUGUUCGCCUGGAUCUUGACUGUUUCGGGUAAAGUACAGGAUUUAGUCCAAUUGUGUAACUGCCACUUCACUCAUCCUUCCAUAUGUCCUUUAUGUUGGUGAAAGAUAUUAAGAAUAUCCACUAGAGGGCGAUCUAGUCCAUCUUGAAAUUUUCUGGCAACAUCAAACAUGUCUGCUACAAAAGAAACAAACGUGUAGACUGAGGCUGUUGGUGUACUAUUAAAUACAGUCUUCGUAUCCUGAGGGUUGUGCUAUGCUGCCCCCGUGAUUUCUGCUGGCGCUGCCACAUUUCUUCACCAUCCGUAAGCUUUUAGGAAAUGGACACAAAUACGGGUGAACUGUACGCAGAGUGCAAAUGUCAAGUCUUUGCUUGCUGUUCAGCCGCAUGUAUCAGUCCAACAUUGGGCGAGUUGUGAGUCUGCAAGUGCGAGUUCUCGCUGAACGCGUGCGCGUGUGUCCAGUUUCAACCUUCUGUUGGUUUUUGCUGAAGUUUUAUCACUGAUCACUGCGGCUCUUUUGUGGGACAUCCUGAGAGUUGUCAGAGUUUCUGCAGAACAGCCAGUCAUUUUGGGUCCUGGACAGUUCCAGUGCGCGUGCCCCUCAGUUUUGUGCUGCAGGUCUAUAGCGCCUCACCAUGGGUGACUGUUGAACAGUAUCAGAGUCUCGAACCCUGGUGUUUCUGGCCCUGUGAACGGGACAUAAACGGCGUCUUGGUGUAAUGUUGUAGUUGGUCAUAGUUGUGCGUCUCGAUGUUGUCGGGGUGUUUUUUGUUUUUUCUUUAACAGGAGAUCUCAGGACGUUUUUGAUGUCAUUCAAGAUUCAAGCGGGAACCAGUCUUUGGAGUUUGUCUACAGUUUUCUUCACACUGGAACUAAAUGCACUUUUGGGUGGCGCUUGAAGUUCGCCGUCACAUAUGGGGUUCGACUAAUGCAACCAGACAUUUAACAAACUUUGCUUCCAUCUUGUGGCAAAAGAUUUUCUGUUUUAAAAAAUAAUUCAAUUUAUUAUGUUUUGGUCAUUUGACCCCCCCCCCCCCCCCCCCCCCCCCCCAAAAAAAAGAUUUGAAUGUGUCAGUUUUCUGUUAAAACUCCGAAGGUUUGUUUAUAUCAAAUUGAGAUUCUGAUCCAGAUUUGCUCCAGACGUCACAUGUCCAUUCUGUCACGAGGUUUGUUUUGUUUUUAAUGUAAGGGGUGGUGCCGGUCACUUCCUGUGCGCCGUGCUGCCGUUCCUGCCUCACCUGAUAUCUUUUGGUUUCACUUUGAAAAUGUUCAGUGGUUUAUUUACAUCACAGAUUAAAAGCAAGCAAACAAAAAAGCUCUUGAGGCCACUUGAGAUGCAGUUUAGACAGCUUUUUGAUGCCACGUGUGACAUGUCACGUCUGAACGUUUCCUUUUUCUUCCAAACUAAAAUCUGUGUUGCUGGUAUCAGUGAGUGUAGCAGUUUGUGGGUCUGAGAUGCUGCUACGGUUGUAAGCAGCAGCGAGUUCGAUUCAGCUGGACUCCAGAAGUUAACCUGAUGAUCAGACGGCCGUCUUGUCCUCUGUGAGGACGCACCGGCACCAUCUUUUUGUUGGGUUCUUGUCACAAACAGAUUCUAGUCUAUGAAGUUACGUGUGUGUGGAUGGUCUGUCUUCAGAUGGUCUGUGGACUGUCGUUUGUCUGUCUGCUGUCUGUCAGCCGGCUGGUCUGUCUACAGGUGGACUGUGGACUUUCUGGAAGGUCUGUGGGCUGUCUGUGGACUGAGGUUCACCUGUGGGCCGUCUGGUCUGUCUGUAGUUUGUGGAUGGUCCGUAUUACUACUUUCCCACUGAACUGAAUUCACUUUGAACAGUCAGACAUGUUCCCACAAAAUCCUAAUUACGAUCUUUGGUUUGAUGUUUACUUCUGGGAUGAUGCCCAGUUGGUGUUUCCACACUGAUGUCACUUCCUGUUUCAGUCUGAUUAGAUUGAUUAUUGUUUUUAAUCAGUCGGGCUGCGUCCGGGGCCUGUCGGGUCCAUGUCUAUAUGCAUUUAUUUCUUUGGGCAUUGAUGGGUUUAUUUUGGGUCUUUAACAGCAUGUUGAGCCUCCACAGAUGUUUUUUGAAAAUUCAUAUUCUUUUGAUGUCCACAUUCAUUUUUUUCUUCUCCUAUUUCAUGUUAAAAGUGUUAACUCAGCAAGAACGUGGACAUAGAAAAUGUCCUCCUGAUGUCCACAAAUUAGGAUCAAAGUUCAAACACCUUCAUAUAGUGUUUUUGUUUCUUCCCUGCCAUGUGGUGGGUAAUGGUGGUACAGUUUGGUUGUCAUGUGAUCACAGUGCAGUAGGUUGGCAACAGUUUGGUGCCUUCGUUUGAAUCCUUAUUGUGACCGUAUGGUGACGUUUGCACACUGUAUAUGAUGUUUCUGGAUUUGUUGUAAAAUGCUGAAUAUUGUUCGAUGCUUCUGACGUUUUAUUUUUGGCUAAGUGAUGCUGGUGUAAAGUUUUCUGAGCUGUAAUAUAUUUGCUGUUACGUUAUCGAUGACGAGUGAUCAGUUUCUUUGCAGAUGAUAUGUUCUUACAAGGUGCUGCUGUAAAUGAUUUUUCGGCAUAUUUUUGGAUUUUCUUUUGUCAAGUGAAGUCUUCAUCACAACAGACUGAAUUAUUGUCCUUCAUCCUUCUCUCAGGUGAUUUCUCAGUGGCCCAGAAUGUUCUAGGUGAAUAUGACGUUCACAUAUGUGAAGUGAUGUACUUAUCUAAUUUGUACAACUGGAAUAUUAAAGAGAUGAUUCAUGUUUA